CAAAAAGUAGGCGCAGUUUGCCCAUCACCUGUGCGGCUCGGCGGCCACGUAUACCAUUGCGCACCUAAUGCUUUCGUACUGGUAGCUUGAUACUGUGUACGGUGUUUGCGCCCUUGAAACAUCAUCCAGUCUCAUGCCACUCCUUCCCUUCGUCUGAGCCCAGCUCAACGCCAAAAGUGAUCCGAGAAGUCGCCAGUUCCUACAUGCAAAGAGACCGCCAUUUCACCAUCCCACUCACUGCACCGCUACAAUGACAUCCAGGCACAUGUCCCACGUUCGCCGAUGGCUCCUAUCCUCUCCUCCUGCAGAGUGGGCCCUCAACCAGCUCCGAUCGGUGCUCAUCGGGGCCCUGCGACAAGGCCCAAUGCCGAAACAUGUUGCCUUUGUGAUGGAUGGGAAUAGACGGUACGCCAAAACCCACCGAAUAGAAACCGUGGAGGGACAUAACUUGGGAUUCGAAGCUCUGGCAAAGAUCCUCGAAGUAUGCUACAAGUCCGGCGUGACCCACGUAACAAUCUACGCCUUCAGCAUCGAGAAUUUCAAGAGAACGAAAUACGAAGUGGACGCGCUCAUGGACAUGGCCAAGAUCAAACUGAAACAACUCGUCCAGCAUGGAGAAUUACUGGACCGGUACGGCGCGCGAAUACGCAUUCUGGGUCAGCGGGAGCUCAUCAAGCCGGACGUUCUUGAAGUCGUGGAUAGAGCCGUCGAAAUGACGUCUCGGAAUGGAACCUGCGUGCUGAAUGUUUGCUUUCCAUAUACGAGUCGAGAGGAGAUUACGACUGCGAUCCGCGAGACAGUCGAGGAAUAUUCCAGACCCAUAUCCCACAAGCAGGGAAGGCCGAGUCCAUCUCGAGAAGAGAGGAUAGCCAGCACGAUCCGCUCGCAGCAGCAACACGAUACGAACGCAAAGCCUACAUAUCUCCAGCCACCAGCAGACGACAUGCAGUCGCCAUCAUCGAGCACGACCUCGUUAUCAUCAUACUCACACUCCGACCAGGACCACGAGCAUGACACGUCGUCUGUAUCGACGUCCACAACCCUGCACCACGACGACAACACGACCUCGCCACCACCAGAGUUUACAUCCCUUGACAGCAAAGAACAGCAAGAUGCCUCGCAGCAGAAACCGAUAUACCCUUCUCCAGAACUCAUCACCCCCGAGACGCUAAACUCGCACAUGUACACCGCCUCGGACCCGCCUAUUGAUCUCCUCAUUCGCACAAGUGGUGUCAGUCGAUUAUCUGAUUUUAUGCUUUGGCAGUGCCAUGAAGAUACGCAGAUUAUGUUUCUGGAUGUCUUGUGGCCAGACUUUGAUCUGUGGAGCUUCCUGCCUGUGCUGUGGGAGUGGCAGUGGCGCGCGAGGAAGAGUCAGGCUGCCUCUGGGACGGAAGAUGAAAUCGUCGAGAGCAAGCAGGGUGUGAAGAAAGUGAGUAGAUCGAAGUUGCGGGCCGAGGGAGUCAAGGCGCAUGCAGCUUGAAGCGGGUCUGCAGGGCUUUGUGUAGUUGUGCAUUUUUGCAAAAGAAGAUACCUCAUACAUUAGAGUCGGCGGCGCUGGAUCUGAAUGAAUUCUCUGGCUGAGA